AUGUCUGCCAUUUACAAGACUUUAACCAAGGACUCGGAGCAGAGCAAAAGCAAGUCCGAGUUCAAGAAUCGGCAGCGCGUUCUGCUGAUCACGUCUCGGGGUGUGACGUUCCGGCACCGCCACCUUGUUUCUGAUCUAUCGCAACUUCUGCCUCAUGUGCGCAAGGAGCCCAAGUUCGACACAAAGUCGCAGCUGUAUCACCUUAAUGAGAUUGCAGAAAUGUAUAACUGCAACAAUGUGCUGUAUUUCGAGGCACGCAAGCACCAGGAUCUGUACAUGUGGAUGUCGAAGGCACCCAAUGGGCCCACGCUCAAGUUUCAUCUGCAGAAUAUUCACACUAUGGACGAGCUCAAUUUCACUGGAAACUGUCUGAAGGGAUCGCGACCAAUCCUCUCGUUCGACAACGGCUUUGACGAGACGCCUCACAACCAGCUGGUCAAGGAAAUGCUCGUGCACACAUUUGGUGUCCCGCCCAAGGCCCGGCGGUCCAAGCCGUUCGUGGACCAUGUCAUGUCCUUCAGCAUUGUCGACAACAAAGUGUGGGUGCGCAACUUCCAGAUCGCCGAGGAGGCGACAACCAACCAGGACCAGACGGACCUCUCGCUGGUGGAGAUUGGCCCCCGUUUCGUCAUGACGCUGAUCACUAUUCUCGAGGGCUCGUUCGGAGGCCCGGUUAUUUACGAAAACAAAGAGUACGUGUCGCCCAACUUUGUGCGGGCCCAGGAGAAGGCACAGGCCGCAGAGCAGGCGCGGGCGCGGGCAGAAGCGGCCGCCGCACGCCAGAUGCGUAAACGUGACCAGGUGCUCGAGGUCGAUCCGCUCAGCCAGGCAGCUUUAUUCAAGUAG